AAUCAUGAACAAAUUAUAUAAGCAAAUAGCUAAAUUGUUAGAUGGAUUGCAUCGGCACAGAGCUGAACGGUGCCAAUUAACAUCCCUUCUCCGAUUCCAUGGCCAAUUAACAUCUCUCUAGGGUUUCAUUUAUCGCCGCCUCUCUACCCUGAAAAGGCAUUUUGCCCGCUAUCAACCAAAUCUCUCCGUUUAAGCAGCGUAGGAAUGGGGAAAUCCGGUGGGCGGAGGAAGAAAUCUGGCAACUCUGCCGACCAGUUUUCCACCACAUCGGCUUCACUGCCAACGGCCUCCAUGCAGUUGAAUGGGCUGGGAGGCGACCCCUCUGUUUUCCUCAAACGCGCUCACGAGCUCAAGGAGGAGGGAAACCAACGUUUCCAAGCCAAGGACUACGCCGGCGCGCUGGAGCAGUACGAACUAGCCCUCAGGCUUCUCCCUCGUGGCCACCCGGAGCGCGCCGUCUUCCACUCGAACCGAGCCGCUUGCCUACUUCAGAUGCGUCCUAUUGACCACGAGGCCGUCGCCGCCGAGUGCUCUCUCGCCCUUCAAGCCCAGCCGCGUUACUGUCGUGCUCUUCUCCGACGCGCACGAGCCCUUGAGGCACUCCGGCGUUACGACCUUGCCCUCCAGGACGUCAACUCUUUGCUCGCGCUGGAACCCUCGCAUUCCGAUGCGCUAGAUCUCGCACGCCGACUCCGUGUUGCCCUCUCACCUUCCCCCUCGCACCAUGUGGAACAGUCCCUCGCCAGUCGCCCCUCGCCUGCAGCUCUGGGCGCUUCAGCUGUUCGUGCAGCGGCCCCCAUUGCUGGCCUGGGACCGUGCCUCCCCUCUCGUCCCGUGUCCAAGAAACCCUCUUCCCCUCCGCCGUUGCAAAAAUUCGCAGCGGAGAAGGAGAGAGUAUCUGCGACAAUAUCUCUUCCCAAUGGUCCUCAGUUGAAAUCAGAGUCUUCCUCUCCAUCUCUUCCCAGGCUUGCCGUGAAGGCAGACUAUGAGAAUAAUCUUUCUUCUGAUGCAGCAGCAAAAUCUACGGUCAUCACUAGAGUGAGACCACUGAAGCUGGUUUAUGAUCAUGAUAUUCGGCUUUCUGAGAUGCCAGUUAAUUGCAGCUUCAAGACAUUGAGAGAAAUUGUGGCGAAAAGGUUUCCUUCUUCAAAGUCGGUUCUGGUCAAGUACAAGGAUUUGGAUGGCGAUCUUGUUACUGUUACGAGCACACGGGAGCUCAGGCUGGCAGAGUCUUGUGCUGAAGAAAUUGGUGGGAAGAAUUUGCAGAAAGAAAAUGGGCAGGUGGUGAAAGAAAAGCUUCAGGUUUUAAGGCUCUAUGUUGUGGAGGUGAGCCCUGAGCAGGAGCCUUCUGUACCAGAUGAAGAGGUGAAUAAUAUUGAGGAGGAGGAGUUGGUGAAGGGUGAUGAGAAUCAGUCACCUUCUUUGGUCGGGGAUUUACCUGCGGAGGGUGUGGAUGAUUUUGCCAUUAAUAAUACUUCAGCGAAACAGGUGGUGAAGGACAAUGAGCGGAAAGGGUGUGAUCAUGCUGAGUGUAAGGAAGUUGAUAUUGAUGACUGGCUUUAUGAGUUUGCCCAGCUUUUCCGUCAGCAGGUUGGUAUUGACCCAGAUGCGCACUUGGAUCUUCAUGAGCUUGGGAUGGAGUUGUGCUCUGAGGCACUUGAGGAGACAAUAACAAGUAAAGAAGCUCAGGCGCUUUUUGAGAUGUCUGCUGCUAAAUUCCAAGAGGUGGCAGCACUUGCCUUCUUCAACUGGGGAAACGUACAUAUGUGUGCUGCAAGAAAGCGUAUACCUUUGGAUGAGUCUUUGCAAAAGGAAGCAAUGGAUGCUCGGCUUCAGGAAGCAUAUGAUUGGGUUAAGGAAAGAUAUGUUCUUGCUGGACAGAAAUAUGAGGAGGCACUUCAGGUAAAGCCAGACUUCUAUGAAGGAUUGCUUGCACUUGGACAGCAACAUUUUGAGACUGCAAAGUUGCAUUGGUCCUUUGCUCUGGCUAGUAAAGUGGAUUUGACAACAUGGGAUUCUUCUGAGACAAUCAAACUUUUUGACAGUGCAGAGGAGAAGAUGAAGGCUGCAACCACGAUGUGGGAGAAGGCCGAAGAGCAGAGGAUUAAUGAACUCAAAGACCCUAGCUUCAACAAAAAGGAUGAAUUGUUGAAGAGGAAAAAAAAACAAGGGAUAGUGGAUGGUCAAGGGGAACUAUCUGCUGAGGAGGCAGCAGAGCAGGCUACCAUGAUGAGAUCUCAGAUACAUCUGUUCUGGGGAAACUUGCUUUUUGAACGCUCUCAAGUUGAAUUUAAGCUUGGGUUUGGUGAUUGGAAGAAAACUCUUGAUGGAGCUGUGGAGAGGUUCAAGCUAGCUGGCGCAUCUGAAGCAGACAUUUCUGUUGUUGUAAAGAACCAUUCAUCAAGUGGAGCUAUUGCUGAGAAUGACGAUAAGAAAUUUAUAAGUUCAAAUGCUGAUAACUUUAAAGUUCCUCAAAAGGAAGAAGAUAAAAACGAACUGAAAAAUUGACUAAAGUUAGCGUAUAUGAUUGCUGAAUGCCAAGGGUUUUUAUCUUUUAUGGUAAAAUUACUUGGUCAAGAAGUUGUCCUUUUGACAGUUCCUGAUAGUGCUGCACGUAGAUUCACACUUGUGCUUGAGUUGUACUCGUUUGCAUUGGACAGAAGCCAUUGUUGAAUGGAUCAGGUUUGUUUAGUCUGAACAAUUUAUAGAAUCUUUUCUCAUCCAAAGUUUGAAAGCAUAUAGGGUCUAGAACGUUGAAAUGCAGCUGAUUUGUGUUUGAUGGUAACCUUGACACCUUGUAUUAUUAACCAAUGUUUUUGAUUUUAAUCAAUAUACUUUUUCGAACAUUGCACCAUCCUCUUACUUGGUCGGUUCUUGUAACUAUGUUUUAACUGAAAAGCCUUUUUAUUUGGCUA